AAAGUGUCAGCUGCAGCACCACCCCCCGCCUGUCUGUCUGCACAUCAUCCUGCUAGCACUGGGUACCUACCGGCACUGCACUCUGCACGGGAUAGCACUGACAGCACAGCCAGCCCCGCACUCACUGCACCGGGGGAGCACAGCCACAGGAUCACCCCCCUGCAAUGCUCGGCACUGAGCCCCGGUAGGCUGACACUGACACAGGCUGGGAGCUGCCCAUCUCUCCGGUAACAGGAAGUCUCGGAGGAGGAAUUAUCAGCGGCAGAGAGGGGUUCACUGCACCGAGUCUGCCGGCACAUCCCUGGUACUACCUGCUGCCAUGGCUCGGGAGAAUGGGGAGAACAGCAGCUCCUGGAAGAAGCAGGUGGAGGACAUCAAGAAGAUGUUUCAAUUCAAGGAGGUGCUGGGCACGGGAGCUUUCUCAGAAGUAGUAUUGGCUGAAGAGAAAUCAACUGGGAAGCUAUUUGCAGUGAAAUGCAUCCCGAAGAAAGCGUUAAAAGGGAAAGAGAGCAGCAUAGAGAAUGAAAUUGCUGUACUACGAAAAAUCAAACAUGAGAACAUUGUUGCCUUGGAAGAUAUCUACGAGAGUCCCAGCCACUUGUAUCUGGUCAUGCAGCUAGUUUCAGGAGGAGAGUUAUUUGAUAGGAUAGUGGAGAAAGGAUUUUACACGGAGAAAGAUGCUAGCAAACUCAUCCGUCAGGUGUUGGAUGCCGUUUUCUACCUUCACAGACUGGGCAUUGUGCACAGAGAUCUUAAGCCAGAAAAUCUACUGUAUUUCAGUCAAGAAGAAGAGUCAAAAAUCAUGAUCAGCGAUUUUGGACUUUCAAAGAUGGAAGGUAAAGGGGAUGUGAUGUCUACAGCGUGUGGAACCCCAGGAUAUGUUGCUCCAGAGGUGCUGGCACAGAAACCCUACAGCAAAGCAGUAGACUGUUGGUCUAUCGGAGUUAUUGCAUAUAUACUACUUUGUGGCUAUCCACCUUUCUACGAUGAAAAUGACUCCAAAUUAUUUGAGCAGAUUCUAAAGGCUGAUUAUGAGUUUGAUUCUCCAUACUGGGACGAUAUAUCAGAUUCUGCUAAAGAUUUUAUACAUCAUUUGAUGGAAAAGGAUCCCAACAAGAGAUAUACAUGCGAACAGGCUCUGCGACAUCCAUGGAUUGCUGGAGAUACAGCUCUGUGUAAAAAUAUACAUGAAUCAGUCAGUGCACAAAUCCGUAAAAACUUUGCAAAAAGCAAAUGGAGGCAAGCAUUUAAUGCUACUGCAGUUGUGAGACACAUGAGAAAAUUGCACCUUGGAAGCAGCCAGGACAAUCCCAACAUGUCAAGUGGUCACAGCCCUGCAAGCUCUCUUCCAGAUGGAACAAAUCGCAAAGACUGUAAAUCUCCAUCUACGCCCUUCAAUUUAUUGUCAGGAGUUUCCUCUUCCUCUUCAGCUGUCUCUGCAAUGGGUGGAGAAAGAAGACCGAGACCAACCUCUGUUGCAACGGUGCUUACUGGGAGCAAGUGAGCAGUCAAAGAGAAGCAGGAUGGAGGUUGAGAGUAUCUGACUCGCCACGUGUGAUUCAUUCUAAAAUGUGCACUCCAGGAUGGACUCAGAGUUUAAAAAAAGGAAUUUUUUUAUGGCCAUAUUUUAUACUGCAACAAAAAAAAUGUUUCAUGUAUUAUAAACUGCAAUGACUCCAGCCCCACCUAAGGCAAAUAGUUAAUUAAUAUGGGGUGCGGUGUCUUGCUACUGGACAUUAUUAUUAUUGUUAUUAUUUUUAGAAAAUUUUGCUUUAUUCUCUAUGUGGGUGUUGGCACUGUACAUGUUUUGUUUUUGUUAAUUUUUUUCAUUAAUUGAGGUUUCAACUGGAUUAUUUAAUACUAAUUUUGGUGGAUUGCUUUCAACUAUCAUUGUAGUAGUAUUUACUUUUGAAAUAAUUUUAAUCUGAUGCCCUUUUUUUUUGUUGUUCCUACAGAUAGGGAGAAAUGUGUGAGUGACAAGUGAAAUUCAGAAUAGUUUUCCAAAAUAUAUUUUGCUAAAGAUAGAACGAAAACUGGUUGAAAUAAAAGGUAACUACGAGUGUAAGAAUACUUUAAAUUUUCCACAGUGGUAGGAGUUUGCCAAAAAUGAUAUAAAUAAGGCUUGGCUAACUUGUAGCACUUCAGUUGUUGUUGCAAUGCAACUUCUAUUGUUCCACAUCAGCCGUUGCAUUAGGGUGAUACUUUUGAAGUCCUAAGUGGCUAGAAUUACCCAAAAGCCUAGCUCAUUGCUAAAUAUGGAAUUUGAAUUCCAACAUCAACUGGAGAGUCCAAGACUGUCUACCUCUAAGAUAAAUGCCUUCCACAGAGCUGAUAUAUGCUGGCAUACAACUUGCUUCCUCUUUUUACAUCCUUCAAAAAUAUGUCUUGUACUAUGUAUCCAUGGGUAAGUGGG